AAAAGUUUUUGCCGUGCUAAAGUUACUUUUAAAACUUUAAUGGUUCUUUUAAAACGAUUUAACUUGUAAAUAUAAAACGUCGGGAGUUAACUACAUAAUGCAUAAAAAGUACAGUCGUGCAUUGUGUUAAGUUGUUUUACAUUUUACAGUAUAUUGUAUUGUGUAGGUGGCUGUGUUGGUCGGUUCGUUCUAAUGUGAAAGUGUAUUUUCGCAUAAAAUUUAGAUCCCAUUGUUCCAAACUUUCCGGGUGACAGUAAAGAUAAUGUUGUACGAGUGUCUUGUGUAAAAUAUUUGCCUGGAGGCGUUAUGUAUUGUACACGCUAAACUUUUUAAGAAGUUACAAAUUGAGAAGGAGAAAUGAAUGUUCAGUUACAAGAGAAUGUCCGGCUUAUAUCAUCAGACGAGGGCGACGGCAGCUCGGACAGUCGGUCCGACAGCAGUGAGGACGAAGUUACAGAGCACGUGACGGCCACUCCACCACCCAACAUGGCUGCUGCGAGGGCCCAGGUUCCCACUAUAAGUGUGACACCGCACAGCCCCGGCGUGUUAGAUGACAGUCUUCAACAGCUGCGGAGGCUGCAUGCGGCUGUUCAGCGUAUGAGGGCUGCCCCACUGCCCUUGCUGGCAAUAGGGACAAGUCGUUUAAGUACAUCUUGUCCCUCGUUGUGUAAAGAUGGGGUGGUGGAGACUGAAUGCUCAUCGCCAACCCACUUGGACUUUUAUCCGCAAAGUAGGAAGGGAAGCGGUGAGUCCCGUCAAUGGAUGUCGUGGGAGAGGCGGGAUGAAGGAAGACGAAGCUCGUGGGCAGCAUUGGAACCCGCGCCCCCUCAGCAUGAUACGCAGAGACAUCGAGGUGCGUUAAACGGUCACAGUGCUUCCUUAUCAUCAAUGGAAUCUGAAGGUGACGCACCACGACCUGUAAGACAUUCCACUCACUCACUCAAUGACAAUGAUCUCGCUAAGGAAUUCGAAAAAGUAACUGCAGCACUCCGAGGCGCUAGUAGCGCGGUCCCGAGUAGUGGAAGCUCGAGGCUACUUGCGCGACUACCGUUGCAGAAGAGCGUAUCAACGCCCAGCAUCGUGGCAGCAGUGCAACCGCCGCAGCCGCCACCACCAGCUAACAUCCUAUCAGCCGGUGGUGCGAGCGAGACAGAAAGCGACGAAGACGCUUCAGCUGCCACUGUAGGCGCGACACAACUAACUGGUCGGAGGAAUAAUUCGCAUCAGGAGCAUUUGGGGUUACAUCGGCUGGCGUUUUUAGAACAAGCGUCCUAUGAUCAUCAUGCUGAAAAGCGACGGAAACGAGGCAGCUUAUUCUUUAGAAAGAAAAAGGACAAGUCACGCAAAGCGGCGCAUGUGUGGCAAGCGGCGGUGGCAGGUGGACACUGUGAUUGGUGCCAGCGUGAGUUGUCUGAUAAACCAGCACUUUACUGUGAAAAUUGUACCAUGACUGUGCAUCAAAAUGUAUGCAAGGACUACAUUGUUGAGUGCAAUAAACCAAAAACAUCAAAGACAACAGUUGGAAAAUCCCUAAGUGCCAGCAGUGGCAAGAGCAGCAAACGAAGUUCUGUUUCCGGCCAAUCCCAGAAUUCCAAUAGCACGAGUAUAUACAAUGAUGAGAAGGACGGCUCUGAUCAUAAACACGAUCAAAGCAAUGCGUCAGACGACGGCGUGACGGAAUGGCCUGAAGUAUACAUAACUUCAGACCAACUUGGCGAAGAGGCGAUUGUGCUGGGGCUUGGUGCUACGGAGCCCGAGACCUGGGCAGCUGGUGCGCCGAAGGGCCUGGCUAAGAGUAUCGGUGAAAGAGAAACUAAACGUCAGGAACAUAUCUACGAGUUGAUUUUGACGGAGAAGCAUCAUUGUCUCACAAUACGACUCAUGCAAAAGAUGUUCGUAGAAGGCAUGACGCGCCUCACAGGUAUAACGGACGCCCAAGUGAGCCGAAUGUUCCCACGCCUUGACGAGCUCUGGUACAUACAUGCGGCGCUCUUGUCUCGCCUGAGAGCAAGACAGAGGACGGCCCCGCGGGUUAACACUAUAGCGGAUAUAUUGGCCGACGCGUUCGCCUCACCUGAUCAUCAUACAUUGAAAGCGGCUUAUGGCGAAUUUUGUUCGCGACAUCGUGACGCCGUGGAAGUGUUUAAAGAGUGCUGCGCCCGUGAGCCAAAACUCGCGAGGUUCAUUAGAAAGUGCCAACAAAACCCUUUACUUAGGAAGAAGGGUGUUCCAGAAUGUGUGUUGUUCGUAGCACAAAGACUUACGAAGUAUCCUCUACUGUUGGAGCCCUUAUUGAAGACGGCCGGAGACGAUCUCACUGAACGAGAGUUAUUACAGAAGGCACUAUGUGGUGUCAAGGAAAUAUUAGUCGACGUAGACAAUCAAGUGGCUGCCAAAGAACGUGAGGAUAGAAAACUCGAGAUUUAUCACAGGAUUGACGCUAAAUCUUUUGCGAACUUCCGUGGAAGAAAAUUCAAGAAGAGUGAUAUUCUACAAGGGAAUAGGAGUCUUAAAUUUGAAGGUGUAGCUACAUUAAUGCAAGGCAGAAGCAAAAUGCAGACCUUAAUGGUGAUUGUUCUGACAGAUGUGCUGUUUUUUCUUCAAGACAAUAAUAAUAAAUAUACGUUCUUCACGCCUGAUAAUAAAACGGGCGUAGUGUCUCUAUGCAAAGUAUUAGUACGGGAAAAGGCGGGAGCAGAUGGGCGUGGCCUUUACAUUAUCUGCAGUGGGCCAUCCGACCCUGAAAUGUUCGAGUUGAGAGUCCACAGGCCGAAGGAUAUCGCUAACUGGAUACAUGCUAUUAGGGCGGCAGUGCAAAGCUGCCCUGAAGAAGUAGAAGAGAGUGAGACAGGACCUCAUGUGCCCUCUGCAGAGGAGAAGCAACGCUUGUUAGAAGCUAGACACGAGAAUAUAAGACUGAUUACUGACGAAACACCUCAACGGCACAUUGAAGAGGCACUUCGAUCGAAGGAUAAAGAACACGCGGUACUUUUGGAAGAAAAAAUGGCUUUACAUAUGAAAAUGUUUGGGCAUACAGGCGCCUCGACAUUGGAAUUACCAAAUACUGGUGUAACUACAGUAUUUCCGGGUGGGUUGGUCUUUCCCGACUACGUAAGAGUAGCCGCACCCACGCCUGAUACGCAUGCGCUGUGGCAAGAAGUCUGCAAAGUUGUUAAGGAUGCACUCGAAGUAUGCAACGCUUACAGUACGUAUACUAGUCACAAUACAGGGGGAGUCGCGGUAGGCCGGAGCACGAGUUCCGCGGGAGAAAAGCACUCAUUGGCUUACGAGAGCCCAGCGUUACCUCGACGUGCUGAUACAUUCGCCGGUUUCGAUGCUAAUAAACAUCGAGCUCAAGGCGUAACUCCCCGCAUGUCUACAGACACGCCGACGGAGGUGGAGAACGCGGAAUGUCGGGAAGCGGAGGUUAGCGGACGGGAGGCGGCUCUGAAGCUCCAACACGCAAUAUACACGCUCACUUGUAUCGUGUGGCAACAACUCACUACUAUACAUAGUUUGGAGGCUCAAGUGUGUGCGUGGCGGUCUUCCGGCGGGAAUGCGGCCCGAACGCACGAUGCGCAGUUAGAGGAGCUACGACACGCGCAGUCGCGAUUGACGGCUGAUAGAGCCGCUUGGGAAGCGCAACGUACUGCCGAUAGGGAUGCGCUUGCGACUGAAAAACGUCAGCUGCAAGCGAUGCGAGAGCAGUUGGAGGAGCAACAAAAGGACGUAGAGCAACAACGCGAGAGGCUUUAUAGGAGGCUCGAGAGGCUGCAACAACAUGGUGGUUCGCAAGAAGAGAUAGCAAGUGUUGGUACCCUUUCGCCCGACUCGAGCGUCAGUGAUACUCACCGAAGGAAGGAACCAAAGUGGCGUAGUUUCGCAGACAACCGUGGCUCGACGGGUUCCGAAUCGGGCGCUAGUGUUUGCAGCAGUCGGGGACCACCACUGCCGCCGCCGCAACUUCUGUCGGCUCAGAAUGAGACCAGAGCUAUUGUCAGGGCACCCGUGCAGCAAAUGGUGAAGCAGCAGUUACCGCUGAAGUUAGCGAGUGGCAAAUCCCAACAGCCACCGCCGGGUUAUCACAGACUGCAUGAAUCGCCCAGCGAUCACCACCAAGGCGUAGUUAUCCAUCACACGCGCACUGGCAGCUCUCCUGCACAGAUGCCAUCGCAGCAGCCACCUACUAAUAAAGCCACCAGAACAAACACAUACCCGAAAUUACCAGACAAAUUUCGCGUACGAUCUCCCGACUCCAACCCGUUACCACCUCCACCAGCGCCUAACCCACCCGAAGAAGAAGUGAUAUACUUCUGACAGGCAGGGCUUUCGAAAACUCCUCCGGAUUCCUGAGGCUGCCGAUUGUCCUAAACCCGAUUCGAAGGACCAAAAUGGUAAUGUGUCAUAUUUCCUAGAAAUAUUUUAUUGUUUUUUCUUUAUAUCGUUAUAAAGGAUCGGUUAUAAAGGUAUUCAGAUUCGAAGAUAAACAUGGCUUCCGUAUGUCAAAUCUAACACGUUUCUGACUUAUGGGAGUCAUAGGUGUAAAUCGCGACUGAAUGUUACCCUUAGUAUUAGUUAUUUUAAAAGGCUGGCAGCGCGCUUGCGAGUCUUCUGGCAGUUCGAGUGUCCAUGGGCGACGGUAUCACUUAACACCAGGUGAGCCUCUUGCCCGUCUGCCUCCUGUAACAUAAAAAAAGUUUUAAAAUAUAACUGACUAACUUUUCGGCAACGUACUCGCGAGCCCACCGGCACUGAGAGUAUCCUUGGGCAUUAACAUAAGCUGCCUCCUUCCCGUUUGCACCCUAUAUAAAAAAAAAUCACCGAAUAAUCGAAUCUUCAUAUACUAUUGUCCAGUGUAGCUUUGUAAUUUUAAUAUAAUUUAGUCCUCAACAAUUUGUGUAUUUCUUCGGCAGCAAAAAUAUUUCUGUAGCGAACUCUAUGUUAGUUAAGCCUUGCACCUUCAGAUUGAUUUGUUAAGAAGGGUUUAGGAUAACUCUAGGCUUAGAAUAUCGUGUAUAAUCAUUGGUAUAAGGAUUAUAGUGACAAUCAUUGGAUAUGUUGCAUGACACAAAUGUUUGUUGCUCUAAUAAUAAAUCAUGUUUUCCAUUUGUAAGUCUUUUAGAAUCAUUUAUAAUUUACAUAUUUGGUUAUCAUAUGAGGCAACAAAUAAUCUAUUACAUUCCUUUUCUUUGAUCUCUAUAAGUAUUCUAUUUAUUUUGCGAUGCGAUGGCAACUUUUCUGUAGUUUUUCAUUGUCCGAUUUAAUUUACAUUAUGGGUUGCCAGUUUAUAGAUAAAGUUACAUGUUUAUUAUUGCUCUUCAAAAUUGGUAAAAUCGUAGUUAAUAUAGGAUAAAUAUAUUUAAGUAUAUGGUAUAUGUUUUUGAAUGGUUGUUUCGAUUCAGGGCCUGAAUUCUAUAAACAUUUAUUAGAAUAUCAACCUUUACAGCGCCACUUUUUUACUUUUUUUUGCGUCUGGGUACGGUACAGACACGUCGAGAUCGAGAUUACUAAAGUAUAAAAGUAAAUAUUUUAAGUUCGUGGAUCCCACGAUCCAAAGAAACUUAUAAAAAUUGCGUGUACCACUGAAAGGCAUGUGUCUAUGUACGUGUGCGUACUAGUAAAUGAAAUGAAAUGAAAUUUUGCGAUAUUUUUGUUAAUAAAAAUCUAUUCUCCAAUAUGCCAAUUAAGUAAUUCAAGGUUCAUCAAUCAUUCAUAUUCUACAAAAAAAUUAUUGAGAUGGUGUUUUCAAAAUGGCGUUCUGCUAAAAUCCAAAACAUGUCAUUUUGACACAGUAGACGAUGCGUCAACUGUGCGAGGCGUAUAUAUAUAAAGACGUUAAUAUUAUCCGCUAUGAGGCUAAUAGGGUCCGAUGUGAAAAAGUAGUGAUUGACUUAGGUAGCUAUUAGAAUUGUUAAAGUGCGUUUUGUAAAUAAAUAGUUGUUGACUACGGUUUUGAUGUAGGAUAGAAGUUAUACCCCAUUACUUUAGAUAUAGUGAAUUUAAAAGUUUCAUUAAUCGUCGUUCGUUAAAUAUGAGUGGGGCAAAUCCGAAUUACUUAUUCCUGACGUACAAAUCAACCUGUUGUUUCAGAUAUCAUGUAAAAUUUUACUAAUAGAAGUUGCUAUCUCUUAAAACCACAAUUAUACCAUAUUUUAGCUGUUCAAAAAGUUUUAAAGUUGCGGAAAUAUUACUAUAGCACGUUUGGUGAUUAUAUCCGGAAUUCAGGAUUGUUGUAGUAUAUGGAGCUAUAGUGUCGCGAUAUACAUUUUUCCAAAUUAUAAUAAUAGAUACAUUAUUUAAAUAUAUUUAUAAGAGAAAUUUGAAAAUGUCUAUAUUUACUAAUACAAUAUUAUACACGCAAUUGUAUUGUAGUUAUUAACGAAAGUUUUCUUGACAAAAUCUGAAUGCAAUUCACCUAUCUUUUAUUUUUAAAAGCGAAAUCAAUUUUAUUACACUGUUUUAAAAUAUUUUAAUGGAAUUACUACUAUAGUUAAUAACAUUAAAAUCGUGUAAUUGAUGAUUGUAAAUAACGUUAAAUUAUAAAAUAAAAUGUUAUUGACGUUUUAAAUCCUUAUUGAGAUUGGCAAUUGCAUGUUGUGAUUGCCGAAGUGACCGGGCUAAAGAAGGACCAGAAAAGUGUGCCCUUGACGUGAAAUUGUAUAGGAGACAUACAAUUGCUAGUCUUACGCAUUUAUUAUAUCUUGUGUGCAUAUAAUUGAAAGCACCAAUGCUGUUCUCUGGUUUGUUUCCAAACUUUCAUACCAAUCCCAUAAUCCAAAAUAUUAAAAAAAAAAAUAUUUGACAAAAUAAAUGAGAAAAAAAUUGGUUAUAUGCACACAAAAUGAGCUCACUUAGUAUAUUAUUGUUACUUACAUGACUAUGUGACUAUUUUUCGUGCAUUUACUGUAAUCCUUACUAUUUAGUCUUUUGAUGAGGUGAUAUUUUAAACUAUUGACUCACUUUGUAUAUAUGAAUGUUGAAGUUUGAAUAUUAGAUAUAUUUUCAAUAAUAUUCACCUAUUUUAAAGCAAUUAUGAAGUUUAUAUAUCUUGUCUUAUCCUAAAAUGAUCCUAAUAAAGACUUCUAAGCACUUGGUUAUUUAAGUGAUUAACAAUAAUCAUCAGCUUUCCACCUAGGAUCAUUAACGUGUUAGCAGUGUUUAUAUUUUCAUGCGUUUUAAUCUACGAAAUAUCAGCUACAAUGAUAUUGUAGCUGUUGGUUGACACAUUAUUGCUCAAAUGCAGCGCUGAGAUGUUGAUCAAUUAAUUUGUUGGUAGCACGAAAAACGUUUAAAUCCAUGAUAUUGAAAUCACAAUCUCUUUUUUGUGGUCGAUAAUGUUAAAAAGAUUACAUGACAAUAAAUAAAAUAUAAAUUUACCGAUUUAAUAUCGGAAUCUAUUAAAUAAAUAUUUUGGCGAUAUAAUUAUAUUAAAAGCAAUUCUAUUCUAUAUGGCAAUACAAUUUAGUAUAUCAUGCAUUUAUUGUUUUAAACUUUAGGCAUAAUAUUGAAUUUAAAUGUAAGGAAAUAAAAAUAUUCUACUUAGUAAUUUAUGAAACACUUUAGUUUAGUAGAACUUUUCAAGUUUUUUCUUAAAAGUAUAAUAUAUCAAUUGCAUUCCUUAAAAUAAGGAUCAUCACUGUCCUUUAUAUCUAUUAUGUGGAAUGAAAGGUACAGCAAUAUAAUAAAACAAAUUUUACUUUCUCGUUAAAAUGUAAGCUUCGCGUUUGUGACAUUUGCAUACAUUUCCUUUUGAGACUUGUAAUACAGUACAAAAUGGCGUUUUCAAUGAGCAUUAUAUAAUUUCAUUUAUCGGGUUAAGUAUUUAGUUUUAAAUUUAUGAAUUAAGAUAAUAGUCAAAUAACUUUCUUCACGAAUAUCACAGUAUUUUUUUGUCAAUGAGUUAUUUUUUAGGAUAAUUUUAACAUCUGCUAUAUUGCGUAACAAGAACGCUCAUAGUGGACUUAAGUGAGACAUUACUUAGUAUAAGUUUUGUGGCAAUAUUUAGAGGAUAUGUAAGCUUUAAUGAAUUGUUUCGAUUCUAUUGUAUCCCUCCAAAAUUUAUUUUAAUCUGUGGCAAUGACAAUACUGUCAUGUAUUGCUCAAAAUUGCUCACACUGUUCUUUAGCAAUUGAUAUUACUUACAAUUUGUAUAAAAUAUUAUUUGUAUUACUAUCCAAUUUAUGUUGAUCUGUCUGGGCGUCGCCCACAUUUUACUAGAAUAGAUGAAUAAAAUAAACAC